CGCCAGGAGCCGCAGCCGCCUCUCGCGUCCUUCCUGAGCCGCCACCGCCGCUGCUACCGUCGCAGCCAGCCAAGCCUACAGCCCCAGCUAGGAACCCUCAGCCGUCAUGUCCAUCGAGAAGAUCUGGGCCCGGGAGAUCCUGGACUCCCGAGGGAACCCCACCGUGGAGGUGGAUCUCCACACUGCCAAAGGUCUCUUCCGGGCUGCAGUCCCCAGUGGAGCUUCCACUGGCAUCUAUGAAGCCCUGGAACUGCGGGAUGGAGACAAGCAGCGUUACUUAGGCAAAGGUGUCCUGAAGGCAGUGGAUCACAUCAACACCACCAUUGCACCUGCCCUCCUGAGCUCAGGUCUGUCUGUGGUGGAGCAGGAGAAACUGGACAACCUCAUGCUGGAGUUGGAUGGAACUGAGAACAAAUCCAAAUUUGGGGCCAAUGCCAUCCUGGGUGUGUCCCUGGCCGUGUGUAAGGCAGGGGCAGCUGAGCGGGAAUUGCCUCUCUAUCGCCAUAUUGCUCAGCUGGCUGGAAACUCAGACCUCAUCCUGCCUGUGCCGGCCUUCAACGUCAUCAAUGGUGGCUCCCACGCUGGAAACAAGCUGGCCAUGCAGGAAUUCAUGAUCCUCCCUGUGGGGGCUGAGAGCUUCCGGGACGCCAUGCGGUUGGGGGCAGAGGUUUACCACACCCUCAAGGGGGUCAUCAAGGACAAGUAUGGCAAGGAUGCCACCAACGCGGGAGAUGAAGGCGGCUUUGCUCCCAACAUCCUGGAGAACAGUGAGGCCUUGGAACUGGUGAAGGAAGCCAUCGAUAAGGCUGGCUACACAGAGAAGAUUGUCAUCGGUAUGGAUGUUGCUGCCUCAGAGUUUUACCGAGAUGGGAAAUACGACUUGGACUUCAAGUCCCCAGCGGAUCCUUCUCGAUACAUCACUGGGGACCAGCUGGGGUCGCUCUACCAGGACUUUGUCAGGGACUAUCCUGUGGUCUCCAUCGAGGACCCAUUUGACCAGGAUGACUGGGCAGCCUGGUCCAAGUUCACAGCCAAUGUAGGGAUCCAGAUUGUGGGUGAUGACCUGACAGUGACCAACCCAAAACGCAUUGAGCGGGCAGUGGAGGAAAAGGCCUGUAACUGUCUGCUGCUCAAGGUCAACCAGAUCGGCUCGGUCACAGAAGCCAUCCAGGCGUGCAAGCUGGCACAGGAAAACGGCUGGGGGGUCAUGGUGAGUCACCGCUCAGGGGAGACCGAGGAUACCUUCAUUGCUGACCUGGUGGUGGGGCUGUGCACUGGCCAGAUCAAGACUGGUGCCCCUUGCCGUUCUGAGCGUCUGGCUAAGUACAACCAGCUCAUGAGAAUUGAAGAAGAGCUGGGAGAUGAAGCACGCUUCGCGGGACAUAAUUUCCGUAACCCCAGCGUGCUGUGAACCCUCUUCUUGCUUGGACACUUGGACCUUCUGUCCCAUCCUCUUGGAACCUCCUCCUCACUGUCCUGCCCUGUGGUAGCUCACCCUCUCCCCCUCCUAAGCCUAGGGCACCCAGAAUAUCCUGACUACCCGCUCGGGCUGCUCCUCAGCUAAUCCAAGCUCUGCUUCUCUGCUCUGCUGUCCUCUCCUGGCCCUGUCCAUUGGGUUCUACGCCUACAUUUCCCAUUUCUAUUCUCUCCUCCCUCAAAGACUUGAGAUGAAAAUGAGAAUUUGUAAGGGGGUUCGAGGAAGGACGUCUGUGACAGGAGCUUUGGUUGGUGCUGGCAUGCUGAGGUGUUGGGAGUGGGGCCACGUGUCACUGUGCUCCCUUGUCUUGUGUGUCUUCCAUCUUGCAUGUGAGCCAUGAACUGUGUGGAGUGUGUUGGGCGUGUGGUCAUGCCUCACUAGGCCUUUAGUGCAUUUAUUUAUUCAUUUAUUUAUUUAUGUUUAUUUUUCAUUCAUCCUGUUAAUUAUUCAUCUCCCUAUAACCCUAGGGCCUAAAAGUGGCCUGACUGAGGGGACUGCCUCUGCCCAUCAUGUGGCUGUGGAUCCAUGAUGAGCUUGUGUUUGCUGAUCUGGGAAGGGUGACCGAGAAUGGCCAUAACAUCCAUUCUGUUUCUAUUAGUUGAAGCCUGGGUUGGUGCAGAGUGGGGUGUGUACUUGCGGGGGGCUCCUCUGUUUUCUCUUCCCAGCCCUAGUUCUCUGUUCUUCCUCCAGCUGCACCAGAGCCCCUGCACACUCUCCUGUGCUGUGUUCCACAGUUGCCACCACCAAAGUGGUGUUGAAAUGAGCUCCACUAUUAAAGUCUGAAUCACAUUGC